AGUGAUUCUAACUAUCUUAUCGAAAGGAAAAACCUCACAAAAGUUCAACAUUUCUUCAAAUAAAAUACUUAUUCCAACACAACUUCAAUAUUCAAAUAUCAUUAUCAGAACUUAAUUUUUUCAAAACAUCACCAAAAAAGGAAAACCAAAAUCCAAAUAUGGUAAGAUGAAAAACCUAGAGGAAUAGAAAAACCUAAGUAGUACACAAAAAUUCAUUUUUUCUUCCAACAUGAAUGUGUAAGAGUACUAUAUAUAUAAGUGGAAUCUUAUAAGGGGCACAGACUGUUUUGCGUGUUGGGUUCUCCCUCUCAUUUCCAUUAGUAGUAGAAAAAAAAAAAAGCCUUUUCAGCAGCAGAGGCAGAGAGGCGGGAAAAGGGAAAAAACAGAGAGAAAAUGAAUGGAAGAACAGACAAAGGCAGAGGAGGAGAAGAAGAAGAGGCGCUGCAGUCGGUGGAGGAGCGUUAUACGGAGUGGAAAUCACUCAUUCCUGUUCUCUACGAUUGGCUUGCUAAUCAUAACCUCGUUUGGCCUUCCCUCUCUUGUCGAUGGGGUCCCCAGUUUGAGCAAGCAACUUACAAAAACCGCCAGCGCCUCUACCUUUCCGAGCAGACUGAUGGUAGCUGUCCAAAUACGCUUGUCAUAGCUAAUUGUGAAAUUGUAAAGCCUAGGGUUGCAGCAGCACUACACAUAUCUCAGUUCAACGAAGAAUCACGUUCGCCUUUUGUAAAAAUGUUCAAGACUAUUAUUCAUCCUGGUGAGGUGAAUCGAAUUAGGGAACUGCCUCAGGAUAGCAACAUAGUGGCCACACACACGGACAGUCCUGAUGUUCUUAUUUGGAAUGUUGAGUCUCAGCCUAAUCGUAAUGCUACCUUGGAAGUAAAUAAUUUUUCUCGACCAGACUUGGUGUUGACUGGACAUCAAGACAAUGCUGAAUUUGCGCUUGCAAUAGGCCAUUCUGAGCCUUUUGUGCUCUCUGGAGGGAAGGAUAAAUCGGUUGUUCUAUGGAGCAUUUGUGAUCAUGUGUCUACUUUGGCAGCAGACCAGGGUGAUGCAAAGUCUCCUGGAUCUGGAGCAAGUAACCCGAAACCUUCUGCAGAAGGCCCUACUGUUCAAGCUCGAGGUAUUUUCCAAGGACAUGAUGAUACUGUAGAAGAUGUUCAGUUUUGCCCUUCCAGUGCACAGGAGUUUUGUAGUGUUGGAGAUGAUUCCUGCCUAAUACUGUGGGAUGCAAGAACUGGUUGUUCUCCUGUUGUCAAGGUAGAAAAGGCUCACAAUGCUGAUCUUCAUUGUGUUGAUUGGAAUCCUCACGAUGUAAAUUAUAUUUUGACUGGGUCGGCAGACAACACCAUCCGCAUGUUUGAUCGACGAAAUCUCACUUCUGGGGGUGUGGGAUCGCCUAUACAUAUCUUUGAGGCCCAUACUGCUGCUGUGCUUUGUGUACAGUGGUCCCCAGAUAAAUCAUCAGUCUUUGGAAGUUCGGCAGAAGAUGGUGUCCUGAACAUCUGGGAUCAUGAAAGGAUUGGUAAGAUGGAGAGCUCUGCUGUUACAGAACGCGAAACAUCUCCUCCUGGCUUAUUCUUUUGUCAUGCUGGACAUAGGGAUAAGGUGGUCGACUUCCACUGGAAUGUGUCAGAUCCAUGGACGAUUGUUAGUGUCUCAGAUGAUGGUGAAAAAACUGGUGGAGGUGGUACAUUACAGAUAUGGCGAAUGAUUGAUCUCAUUUACAGACCAGAUGAUGAGGUUCUAAGUGAAAUGGAGAGGUUCAAGUCUCACCUGCCUACUUGUACUUAAUAUCUCUAGAUAUGCGAUGUCACAGAUGUUCGAGCCAUGUUAAUGGGAAGAACAACACCAAGCUAGAAAUUUGCUGACUCUAUCAAAUGACUAGCUUUUGAGAUUUAUGUAUUUAAUGAGUUUAUUUAGUUUUAUCAUUUGACUUUAAAAGAUUAUGAAAACACAUUCUAGACUUUUAAAUCUUAUGUUUGGUUGAAUAA